AUGUGCAUUGUGCUCUGUUCGCAGGAUCCAACCCAAGGGCCUGCGACAAGUACCGUUUGGGGACUCACUGGAGAGAAGCUCCAGGCCUUCAGGCAGUGGACCUGCUGCUUCUGUGUCUGCGUUUUCGACCUGGAGCAAGGACAACGGCUCGAACUGGAAACUCCUGGCGACAGCCCCCUCUCUGAAGAGGAUCGUCAACUGUUACGGUACCUCGCGUUUCCGGAUUCCGGUCCCAGCCGCCUGACGUCUGUGGAGACAGCAGUCUUUCCAUUUCGUUUUCGACGAGGAAGUGGUGUGUCUCGAGGUCGUCGAAGCGCAAGCAGGGACUUGCCGCUGAAAGACGAUUUCUGGUAUGCUGCGGCUUACUUUCAGCAGCAACCGGACGAGGCAAGCAAGCGACAUUGUGUGCAACGGAGCCUGGUUGUCGUAUCCCAGCAUGGCUUUCUGGCAUUUUGGGCCGCCUUGGUGACGGAGGUAGGCAAGCACUUCCAGGAGCGCGGGCCAGAUGUACUCGAGGAAGUCGUGUCAGCCAUCGCGAGUUGGCCCUCUCCCCCAGCAGGUCUCGAAGGCGCGACUCCAUUGCAGUUGCCGCUGCUUGGCGGCGUACUAGAGUUCUUACCCAUGGUACCGAUCCGGUCAACGCCGGCAGACGGGAGCCUGGUGACAGCAGCGCCGGUCGUGCCGGAACCAGCCUAUCAAUGGUCCUCGCUGGCAUGCACGGGAGCAUGGUCAGCCAGGUUGUCCGGGAAUGCCCAGGCACUGCAGCAGAAAAGGGCAGGCGAAGCGCAGGCGGCAGCAUGGGCAUCUGUUGCGACCGAGGAGCUGACAUUUGUCGCCAAAUCCUUGGGUUUGACUGGUGAGAUGCCGCGAGGUUCUCCUAUGCCGUGGAAGCCGUACACGGCCUUCGCGACCCUUGCAGAUUGUUUGUGGCUUCUGUGGGAGUCCGCACUCUGUGGCGAGCCCUUGAUGAUUUUUUCGCCGGAUUAUCCGACCAAGGUUGCUGAAGCUGUCCUUGCCGUGGCAUCACUCAUUUCUCCAGUUGAGUACAGCGGAGAUUUCCGUCCAUACUUCACCAUCUAUGACGGUGAUUUCGAGCACUACCGUCAACAUGUGCAAAGCAAUGGAGCCUCUUCCAAGGCUGUCGUGUUUGGUGUGACGAACCCGGUAAUGCUGCAGUUGCUGGCCGACUUUCCGAUUUCUGUUUUGCUGCAACCUCGCCAUCGUGAGGAUGCGAGCACCCAGUCUCCGCUUCCAGCCCCAGCAGCUUCACAAGAAGUUUUGGUGGAAUCUCCAACUGGGGACAGGCUGCAGCGAGCUCGCCGUGUCCCUGCAAGUGGUCGUGGAUAUGCACAACCAGAACUUCCUCAGACUGGCCUGGGGGUGCUCGAUGCCGAUGCUGAGCUACUGCAGCGUAUCAAGGCAUCAGAUUGUGUGGACCAGGAUGACACCGUCCUUCGCUACUUCUAUGAGCUAACGUUGGCAUUCCUUCGUCCGUUUCUACCUCACCUCGAAGCUUUGACAGGAGCUGCAGGAGGUGCAACGUUCGAUGUGAGCUCUUUCCUUGCAUCCUUGCAGCCUGUUGGUCCCUUCUCUCAAAUCUCGCGAAAUGAUUGCCAGAACCUGUACUCUCGCUUCAUCCGGGGAGUGAAUUUCAAGCCCUGGCUUGCCAAGCAAGUUUCGACAUUCCCCCGGCCGCGUGAGGACGCAAGCCCGGCUGAUGCUGCGAUGGCAGGUGUUUCUGCGAGUACCCUUGCUGCCCCGCCUGACCGUCGCUCGCUGCCUGAAGGUCUCGGUGAUUCGAGCCCCUCGGAGAGCACGGCCUUGCAGAAGAAAAAGUCACCCACGACCUGCGACGCAGUUGCAGAUUCUGCGCACUGGAGUUUUCCUGACCUUUCCGGCAUCCGGAGUCUUGUCGUCAUGGCUCUCGAUGUCGCCAGACGUCUCGCUUGGCAACAGUGCCGGUGA